AUGUGCCUGAAGGGUGGUGCUCAGAUCAGAUUAGCUGGAUCUACUCAUUGCUCUGGAAGAGUUGAACUCUUCUAUGGCAGUACCUGGGGAACAGUAUGUGAUGAUGACUGGGACUUAAGAGAUGCUGAGGUGGUGUGCAGACAGCUGAGCUGUGGGAAGGCACUGAGUGCUCCUGGAAGUGCCAGUUUUGGUGAAGGAGCUGACCCAAUCUUGCUGGAUGAUGUGGCCUGUUCAGGAAGUGAACGUUCUUUAACUGCGUGUCAAUCCAGCGAAAUGGGAAAACACAACUGUAAACACAGUGAGGAUGCUGGCGUGGUCUGCUCAGGUACUCAGAUCAGAUUAGCUGGAUCUACUCAGUGCUCUGGAAGAGUUGAACUCUUCAAUGGCAGUACCUGGGGAACAGUAUGUGAUGAUGACUGGGACUUAAGAGAUGCUGAGGUGGUGUGCAGACAGCUGAACUGUGGGACGGCACUGAGUGCUCCUGGAAGUGCCCUUUUUGGUGAAGGAGCUGACCCAAUCUUGCUGGAUGAUGUGGCCUGUUCAGGAAGUGAACGUUUUCUAACUGAGUGUCAGUCCAAAGAAAUGGGGAAACACAACUGUAAACACAAUGAGGAUGCUGGUGUGAUCUGUUCUGUUAGCAUCCCUAAGCCCAGCAUCUCCAUGAUACCUGUUGGUGAGGUUACCUGGGGUCAGGAUAUCGUCAUCAUUUGUUCCAUCACAGCUGAGCUUCUAGGUGGCACAUUCACUCUUCAGAAAAUCCCAGGCUCAUUCACAGUGACCCAAACACCAAGUUCCAACUCUGCUACGUUCAACAUUAUUCAAGUUGACUUUGAAAAUGAUGGAUCCUAUCAGUGUCAGUACGAGAAAAGCAUUUCAAGUCAAAAUUUCACCUCCGUCCUAAGUGACCCACUCAGACUCUCCAUCACUGUGAGACUGCAACAGCCGAGUAUCUCUCUCACAUCUCCUAACAGAGGGCUGGUCUGGAGUCCUGAAGGUGCAGAGGUAACCAGGGGUUACCGCUUUGUCCUCAUCUGCUCCAUUAACUGCAGCUAUCCUGAGGGCCAGUUCUUUCUCAUCUCCUCUGACUCAACCAUUGUUGCCGCAAAGCGAACAAUCAACCACUCGGCCUCCUUUGACUUCCCUGUAGCUGAUUAUAAACACCAGGGCAACUACAGCUUGUCUCUGUUGCCGAUGGUGUCCUCAGUAGCUGCUGGCUUCCUGCUGCUGCUGCUGCUGCUGCUGCUGCUGCUGGUGGUGGUCUGUCUGGUCUGCAGGAGAAGAAAACGAGCAAAGCAGCCAACCCUUGUCCACAACAAAUACAAUGUUCCAGGAAGGACCACUAGGAUGAGUAUUCUGUGUUUUAUUACAGAGCGUUGUGUGUCAGCCAUGAAGAGCAUACAACAGAGACACCUUUGCUUGACCCUGGUUUGUUUCUUCUUGAUUUCUUCUUUGCCUGCUGCAGGUUCUUCAAUCAGAUUAACUGGGUCUGGGUCUACUCAUUGCUCUGGAAGAGUUGAAAUCUUGCACAGUGGUUAUUGGGGAACAGUGUGUGAUGAUAAGUGGGAUUUAAGUGAAGCUGAUGUGGUGUGCAGACAGCUGAACUGUGGGACAGCACUGAGUGCUCCCCAUGAGGCCUUUUUUGGUGAAGGAACUGGUCAAAUUUUGCUUGAUGAGGUGGACUGUUCAGGAAGGGAAACUUCUCUUAUCGAGUGUCUGGCCAGAGAAAUGGGAAGACACGACUGUAAUCACAAUGAGGACGCUGGUGUGAUCUGUUCUGAAAGCCUCACAAAGCCAACCAUCUCCAUGAAUCCUGUUGGGGAGCUAAACUUGGAUCAGAGUGUCAACAUCACUUGUUCAAUCUCGACUCGGAUUUAUGAUGGAACGUUUUACUUGAGGAAGAUCCCAGGUCAUUCCAAAAUGACCGAACGGCCAAAUACAAAUUCUGUCACCUUCAAUAUCCAUAGAAUGAGCUUCGAUGAUGAGGGAUUGUACGCGUGUCAGUUCAAGAAAAGUGUCUCUGGUCAAGUCUUGACUGG